GGGAAUAGCACUCCUAUUGCACAGCAGUGUCUCCCAUUCCGGGUUUUACUACCAGCUUGAUCUGCCCCCAUGUGUUUCAGCAACAAGCGCAGUUCAGGGCGAUUAUUUUCCUGUAGGAGUGGAUUGCAAAGGAGGCUUUGUACCGGCCACUCUCACCCCAUUGGUCAGUCCCUGUGCCGUCCCAGCAUGCACCUCUCCACGGCAUGAAUACAGUGCUUGUCCACACUGACGGAGACGCCCCCCCCCUCUCUAUUUCAGGGGCUGCUGCCAGUCUUUCAAACCCAGGGCAAGUGAGCCGCAGAUCUGGGUUUCAGGGAGAAGGACAACGUUUGAUCACAGGAGAGUUUGAAGUGGGGUUUGUUUGGGUUUAGUUUAGUUUUCUAAGCAAGAAGAGACAGUAAGCCAUCGAGGGGUCUGAGCAGGACUUCAUGUGUCUGUUGAGAAGAACCGGAACCAGAACCAGAACCAGAACCUUUAUUUUUGAAUGCGUUUAAAAAUAUCUGCAUUUAUUAUUUUUACGAAUGGAGUUAAUAACGUGCGUUAGGAGGAGCGGGACAGCAUGAUGGAGGAGGAAUAACGAAAGAAAAGAACGAGAAAAGAUAGAAACGAAAGAGGAAGAAGGGAAGGAAGGUGGAAGAGAAAAGAAGAAUUGAAGGAAGAGAAAAGAACAGAAGGAAGGAAGGAAGAGAAAGCAAUGUUAUCUUAGAAGGAGUUAUUUAUUUAUUUAUUUCCUGGGGGUGACCCCUGACCCCUGAGCAUGUUCCUGUACUGGAAGAAGCGAGGAGCGUAUGAGCUGGAGACGGAGCUGGGGGAGCUGGGGGGGUACACCCCUCUUGAGAGGUACUCCUGGGAUUCCAGUCUGCACAUCAGUGAGGACCUGAGCGAUGAGCGGAGCUCUCCUGAUGAGGGGAUUCUGGCCUGUCAGCACCCGGACUGUGUGGAGGGCCGGAGGGCAGUCAGGGUGUGUCACCACCCGGACUGCCAGGCGCUGAACAGCCACACCCCCCUGAACCUGUGUGAGUCAUGUGACUCCCGCUGUCACCGCGAGCAACCUGGAGACAGCAUGCACUACGACAGACACCCCUGCUUCCACCUGCAGCCACAAGGUUCGAUCCUGGAGCGAAACGUGUCGACGCGGUCCUGCCCCACCCGCACCAGCCCCCCCCCUGACCUGGAGGAGGAGGAGGAGGGGGAGGGGGGAGGCGACACUGGCAAGGGGGAUCGCAAAAGCGCAGCUUUGAAGCUGAACAAAAAAAAACCACGACGGAGACACACUGAUGAUCCCAGGAAGGAGUGCUUCACUCUGAAGUUCGACCUGAAUGUGGACAUCGAGUCUGAGAUCGUCCCUGCCAUGAAGAAGAAGACACUCAGGGAGGUUCUGUGCCCUGUGUUCGAGAGGAAGGGGAUUGAGCUGGGGAAGGUGGAUCUGUUCCUUGACCAGUCCAACACGCCGCUGUCUCUUGGGUUCGAGGCGUACAGAUUCGGGGGGCACUACCUCAAGAUCAGAGCCAAGCCCGGGGACGAGGUAAAGGUGGAGAAGGCUGUGAAGGAAUUCCGCUCGCUCAGUCUGCCCAGCAUGAGGGGCUCCUCCGGACCACCCCCCUACAUCGUGUCCCCCGCCAGCGAGACGACAGAGCCGGGACAGCCAGGACGGAGGGACAGCACCGAGGUCAUGGUGAGUGAGACAGUGUGUUACAGUGCAGCACAGUGCAAUGUGAUGCAGCACAGUACAAACUGUGAGAUGCCCGGGUGGACAGAAGAAUAUCACAGCCAAGUGUAAUAAAGCACAGUGAAAGCAUGGGGAAGCACAGAGAGGUCUGGUAAAGCAUAGGGAAGCAUUGUAAA